AUGUGCGACGAAAACUCUAAAUGCCAUCCGGAUGCGAUCCCUCCAAGUGUCUUCAGGGAGCUUGCAUCACCACACCGCGACGAAGAUGAGAUGGAUGACGAAACGAUCUCCGCUCUCAUAAAUAAAUAUCAUCUGAGUCAAGAAGUCGUCCUGCUGAAGCUUCGAGGCUACUCCCUCCUAAACCACAUAUCACUCAGUCUCACCAACGACGAGUACCUCGCAUUCGUCGGCUACGACACUUGCUACCGUCCCGAUGGAGCUAUCAAAAGCAAGGCAUCAUACACGAAUCAAGAUUGUCUAAAGCAACUAACAACCAUAACCACUCUCCGCCACAUAAUCCUCCAAUUCCAAGUCCUAAAACCAGAACACUACAUCGUCUCGAGUAAAAUCUCCUGGGACCCAUGGGGCCUUCAAGACCCCGAACGGAGAAUCUCGUGCCAGAAGAAACUCGUCGAUAUCGUUUUGACACUGGGCUAUGAGUUGCUGCAACGCAUCCGGAAAGUGACGAUUUCAGGUCACGUUAAGACCUCGAAUCGUGUGAAAUGGGAUCCGCUCCUGCGAGACCGGGAACUGAAGAGUUUACCGCGGGAAAGGCGCGAUAUGGAGGAUGAAGUAAAGAGAAUUCUGGCGAUACCCGCGGCGGAAUUGUGA